AUGAAGCAAAAGUUUGUGAUCAAGCUCUCCGUCAAUAGCCAGAAGUCUCACUCCAAGGCCUUGAGGAUUGCAGUUGGAGUUCUAGGCGUGGAAUCUGCAGCGCUCGGAAAGAAGGAUAAGAGCCAGAUAGAGGUGGUAGGAGAUGGAGUAGAUGCAGUUAAACUAACAAGUUUGCUGAGAAAGAGGUUAGCAAGAGGAGCUUGGAUGCCUUGUUUGUUCCCAAACAAUGGGGUAUAUGCAGAGCUUGUAAGUGUGAGUGCUGUCAAAGAGAAAGAAGACGAGAAGGAUAAAGAGGAAGCAAAGGUGCAACCCAUUGCUUGGUCAUAUGGCUACAGCAUGCCUCAAUAUAUAAUCUAUUAA